UUGAACCAUCGUUCGGUUCGACUCAGUAGUAACAACAUAAAUUGGUAAACCCGAUCGCACUAUUGCCCUGGUACAUGAGCACGCAUUAGGGGUUUAGGGCUACUGUCGGCUGAUCGGAAGCCAUUGAGAUUUUCGCUAGCAGAAGCAGAUCGUUUGCCCUUCGCAGCUCCGAUAUAUAUCUCCACCGGAUCUUGAGAUGGCAGGGAGGCAGCGUUUACCUCGCCAUCGUGAGGAAUUCCAUGGUUUUCGUGAGGCACCCCGGCCUGCCUUGCACCGGGGUCCAGGACCCUUUACCAUUCACCCUGCAGCUCUGGAAGAGGAACUUGAAAUCCAGCACAGAGAUAUGCAGAAGAUUCUUUCCGAGAAUCGACACAUGAUGGAUGAAAACAUGAUUCUGCAGAGAGAAUUGGUGGCAGCAAAGGAUGAAUUUCGCAGAUUGGAUCAGGUCAUUCCCAAACUUCGUGCUGACAGAGAGGCGCAGGUUAGGGAGUUGAUUGAUAGAGGACUCAAGCUAGAAACUGAGCUCCGUGAUGUUGAACCUCUUAGGAUGGAGGUUAUGCAGUUAAGAGCUGAGGCACAGAAUUUAAAUGCUUUGCGGCACGAUUUGUCUGCUCAAGUUCAAACACUUACAAAGGACAUUAAUCGAGCGAAAGCUGAGCAUAAGCAAGUAGAUUCUCUCAAGGCCGAUGUUGAUGGGCUACACAAGGAACUAAUGGAAGCUAGGAGGGCUUUUGAAUAUGAGAAGAAAUCAAAUGAGGAACAGGUGGUACAGAAGCAAGCAAUGGAGAAAAACCUUGUCUCCAUGGCUCGUGAAAUAGAGAAGCUACGAACGGAGCACCUGAGUGUAGAUAGAAGAUCUCGUGGACUUGGUGCUGGGGGUUAUGGAAUGUCAAAUGGAAGCCCUGAAAUGAGAUAUGCUGGCGGUGCCUAUGGUGAUAUGUAUGGUGGUGGAGCAUGGGGCCCCUAUGAUAAGCAUGGUCCUGCCCGACGUUGAUAGAUGCUGUGGCGAUUAUGUUUGUAUGUUCGAAUUUCUGCUCCUAGCCAAGUGCUGUAGAGAACCUCAUCAUGGCCUCAAAGAUUGCUUAUGGUUUUUGUUUUGUUAGUUCAGAUUGUGCUUUUCGGCCAAUAACAAUUUCUACCUUUUGAGAAUGGCUCGUAAUGCAGGAUAGUAUCCAUAUUUGUUACAGUUAAAACUGUGUGUAGUUGCUGUGACCUUGAAAAUCUCAGUUUUUAGAAAUGAAAGUCACCAUUGGUGUUCGAUU